GGAAGAUGUCUGCAGGAAGCUUCAGUACUGAAGCGGCUAAAUUCUCCUUUUCCCCCAUCCUGAACAAAACCUUCGGCUUCCUCACCAACAGGGACACUCGGGAGCUGCUGAUGAAAUGGUCUAUGAAUGGCCGAAUCACAGCCCAAGCCUUUCGCUAUGAUGAGUGUUUCCAGCCAUACCAAAAGAAUGAUUUUGUUUGGGCUUUCUUCCAAGAUCCAGAUGUACUUUCCCAUUUGAAGAUAGUCUCUGAAAAUUCCGGACAAUGGGUAACACUAGGCACCAAGGUGAAGAAAGUCGAUGUGCAAGAAAUCCUGUGUUCUCAGCUGUCAAUGUCGCUGUUUGACUGCCUGUACUCGGAAGGCAUCGUUAGGGAAAGUGGCCACAUUUGCAAGUGUCUCGAUGAAUACUUAGAUGACUUCACUAUUUCAGAUGAACUCCGUAAGGUCCUUCUUUUGGAUGACUGUGAGAAACAUGACGUUUUCAGCCAGUCAGACAGAGAACAGUUCCUUUUUCUUCUCUUUAAACAUCUCUGUCUUGGCGGAGCAAUCUGUCAGUUUGAAGAUACAAUUGGCCCUUAUUUGGAAACGACAAAAUCUAUUUAUAAAGACCUCUUAAGUGUUCAGAAAGAUCCUGAAACAAAACAGAUACGGAUUAUCUCAACAGUCUUUAAAGUAUCAGCGUAUGAUGAGAAUGGAAUGUGCUAUCCGUCGGGCAGGCCGCACCAGCAGACAUUUGCUUACCUCAUUGUGGACCCACUAAAGCGUCAUGUUUACGUGUUGUACCAUUGCUUCGGCGGGGGAGCCUUCUAAAGCUGCUGCCCAGUAGUAUCUGGCUUCAUGAAAAAUGGAUUCCGUGACUCAUACCUCCAAAUAUGUUUCAGUUUAUCCAGCGGAACGGUGGAAUUUGCUUAUUCCAGCAGAAAGGUAGAGCAGAAACCUGCAAACUGCUUUGCUUCCAUCCUGACACUUACAGUGUUUAUUAUUCCAUUCGCUUGUGUUUAUUUAAUUCUUAACUCAAGAUCAGGGUACCCCAUGUUGUGACCCUACAGCUGUUACUGAUCUGCAGCAACACCUGCUGGGAAUUAUAGUUCAAUAAGGGGGUCAUGCUGGAUUUCCUUACUGUAGGUCAGGGAGGUCUAAACUUCCAGCAUCCUGUGACAGCCACUCUAGUUGAUCAAUAAUUGGAGUGCUGCAGGUUGCCCAACCUUGCUCAGUUUUGCAUGAUUGUGGCAUUUUAGGUGAUGUUGUGUUAUUUAUUAUUAAAUGGCAAGGAAAUAUACAUUUUUAUACCUUCUUAAAAUCAA